CAUUUUUUUGUUGGGAAACAAAGCAAACAAAACAGAAAUUUGCUUAUUUAAUAGUAUAAUAACGCUGUUUGUGUUUUUAUUUAUUUAAAAUCAGCUUCUUAUCUUAACAAACUGCUUUAUUAAGAUCUGGAAUGCAGAGAGGGAACUUCAGAACCCCUCAGAACGGAACGGCUCAGAGAGCUGGAGGAUUUCGGAGUCCUCCCCCGGGCAUGGACCGGCCUGGGUGCAGGUUUCCCUCCCCGCCCUGGGCGCGUCCUAACGCGGGGUACGGACCCAGGUUUAGUCCGUAUGGUGGCGGAUCGCCCGACACUCCACCCCGAGAUUUUAGCGUCAAUAGGGGCGGUAAAUACAACAACAGAUCCCCGCUAAACACACCGCGCAGAUCCAACUGUAGUCCGGCUUACAGAACCUCUCCGUAUCAGAGUCCCGGACAGUCCGGAGCCUACCAGGGUUCUCCGCGGACGUCCACGCCGUAUGGGAGGGAGAGAGGGGCUAAUGAAAUGGAUAAGUAUUACAAAGCGUCCAUGCUUCAAGAUCCAUGGGCGAACCUGAAGCCCGUUUCAGUCACAGAUACGCAGUCCAAAUGCAGCACCCAGCAGGCUACACAUACAGGCAGGCCAGGCAGGUACUACAACCAGAACUGAAAGCAAAAUUAGCUUUUAUACAGUCAUCAGAACUUUUAUUUUGUCAGCUGACUGCACUCGAUCGGUAUCGGGACAAACAAUCAGACCUGGACUUUUACAGUACUGAUAAUUCAUAAUGCUGCCUGUUUACAGCAUUUACUUUUAUUUUAUACCACUUUUUGUACACUGGAAUUUUCUGUUGUACAUUUUAUUUGAUAUAAAUUCUUAGUUCCAGACCCAUUUACGGUUCUGUAAGUGUGAA